CAUCACCACCACCAUCACCCAUUACCCCACAAGAGCAGAAUCCACCAACAUGUCCCCCCUCCCCCAAAAAGUCGCCCUCGUCACCGGCGCCAACGGCAUCAGCGGCUACUCGAUCGUAGAGCAUCUCAUCCGCCAACCCAAAGAAGAAUGGACCAAAAUAAUCAUCACCUCUCGCCGCCCCCUCCCAACCCCCUGGAUUGACCCCCGCGUCGAAUUCAUCGCCGUGGAUUUCCUCUCCCCCGUGAAAACCAUCAUCGCCCAACUAAAGCAGAUCUGCAUCCCCGUAACCCAUGCCUUCUUUACCUCAUACGUCCACGACGACGAUUUCCGUGUCCUCCGGGAAAAAAACAUCCCCCUGUUUCGCAAUUUUCUGGAUGCGGUGGAUGCAGCGUGUCCGCGCUUGGAGAGGGUUUGUUUGCAGACGGGGGGGAAGUACUACGGCGUCCACCUCGGACCUGUCAAAGUGCCUCUUGAAGAAACUUUCCCUCGAUAUGACGAUCACGGGUAUAAUUUCUAUUAUAACCAGGAGGAUUAUUUGAAGGUGGUUCAGAGGAGACGGAAUGUAUGGUCGUGGAAUGUGAUUCGUCCGAAUGCGAUUAAUGGGUUUGCGCCGCAUGCAAACGGAAUGUCCGAGGCCCUAACCAUCGCCAUCUACAUGCUCAUCUGUCGAGAACUUGACCAACCUGCUACAUUCCCCGGGAAUGAAUAUUUCUGGAACUCGAUUGAUGAUAACUCCUACGCUCCGAGUUUAGCUGAUCUGACUGUGUGGGCUUCAACGAAGGAGCAUUGUAAGGAUGAAGCGUUCAAUCAUGUUAACGGAGACGUCUUUGUUUGGAAGUAUAUGUGGCAGGAUGUGGCGGGCUAUUUCGGCGUUGAGGUCCCGGAACCCAAGUUUGAAAAGGCCGCCGGACAGGCAAAUACUCUAAGUAAUGAGAUUGAUAUGGUGGAAUGGGCAAAGGAUAAGCGGGAGGUGUGGGAGAGGGUGGUGCAGAAGUAUGGAGGAAAGGCCGAGGCUUUUGAUUGGGGUACUUGGGGGUUUUUUAACUGGGCGACUGGAAAGUCGUGGUUGACGAUCUCGUCUAUAAAUAAGGCGAGGAAGUAUGGGUGGCAGAGGCACGAUAGCACUUUUGAGACAUGGAUUGAGACGUAUAGGUCGUUUGAGAAUGCGGGGGUUCUUCCUGCGCAUGCGAAGUUGGUAUGAUGGGUUUGCUGUGUUGUUUGAGAUUUGACGGUGGUUUAGUGGAACGGAGUUGAUUGAAGGGCUUUAGCAGUGUACAAUGUGACCUGAUGGCUAGG